CCCACGUUGUGUUUACGGCGAGAACACGAUGGCGGGCAUUCGCGAUCCCGCAAAACAAUGUUUUCCUCUGCAGGAGAUCAAAUCAGUGGUGUCACUUUUCCGAAGCGAACUGACCGACACUUCGGAACCCAACCUGGCCAUGUUGUCAAUAGUGGCCGGCAUGAUCGAGAACGUUUUGACCAGCAACCGUGGUGCAUCGUCCGCGGCCGGCGAGGCCGUUGGUGCUGUCAACAAUACGGUGGGCAUCGAACCCAUUUUCCCCGUGGUCGAGUUGCCCAACGUGGAGGCGCUGUACUGUAAAUUCGAGACGCAAAUCAAGGGAUCGGUGGACCUGAGUGACUACAAACCUGGAUAUGCCACUCGGAGUUUGAUCAAGAAAGUGUCUGACAUUGUUUGGAGCUCACUGACGAGGUCUUACUACAAGGAGAAGGCGCAUCUUCAGUCACUUUUCAGUUUGCUCACAGGAAACAAGUUGGAUUGUUUUGGUGUGGCCGUUGCCGUGGUAGCAGCUUGCCAGAUUCUGGGCUACAAGGAUGUUCACAUGGCGCUGUCGGAGGAUCACGCUUGGGUGGUGUUCGGGGAAGACGGCACCGACACUGCCGAGGUUACGUGGCACGGAAAAGGGAACGAGGAUAAAAGAGGACAAUCCAUUAAGCUGGGUGUAGCGGAGGGUAGCUGGUUAUAUUUGAACGAUCAUCCAGUUGUGUGUGACCGAAUGAUGGAGGUGGCUGCUCUAGUCUCUGCCAUCAACCCCUCUGUAAACUCUUCUCUGGAUAGCAUCGAACUUGCGUCACUAAAACAGGAGCUGAUGUGGUUAUUGUAUGAUCUUGGUCAUCUCAAGAAAUAUCCAAUGGCGCUCGGUAACCUUGGAGAUCUAGAGAGCAUCGAUCCGACGCCAUCAAAACUAACAACCAUUGAACUAUUUGAAGAAGCUAUAACUGCCGCCCAAAAUGAUUACGACAACCACCAUGUGUAUCCCUACACGUACCUCGGGGGUCACCUCUAUAGGAACUUUGAGUACAAGAUGGCGAUGGAACAGUGGGCAGAAGCGUCGGGCGUAAUCAGUCGGUAUAAUUACAACAGAGAAGACGAGGAAGUCUACAAGGAGUUCAUGGAGAUUGCGAAUGACCUCAUUCCUUACAUUGUCAAGACGGGAUCGGCUGGUGGUUCAGAGGCAGCCACGAGGGUCGUGAACGAUCCGGAGUGCUACGGUUACUUUCUGCGUUUCUACGACGGCAUCUGCCUUUGGGAGGAAGGGAGCACCACCCCAGUCCUGCACAUCACGUGGGCCAAGCGUUUCAUCGCUUCGUUGACGCGGUUCAACGCAGACAUCCGGGAGCUCGUAGAGGUGGAAUCAGGUAGGUAUGACAAAAUGAUGGAUGAGGAAGAUGAAGAGAACGGACAGGAAGACGACAAGAGGGAGUCCAAGGAAGAUGACAUCAAGGAAGAAAUGGAGGAGAUUAAGGAAGAGAUUAAGAUAGAGAGAAGGGUCAUCAAGACGAGAGGAGACAUCAAUCAGAAUUUUGUCAGAAGUAAGAAGUACAAGAGGAACAACCGCAAAAAGGUACUGGCAGAAAGCCAAGAAAGAACCGAUGUUAAGAGUGUGGAUUCCAGUAAUACCCCGUUGGUGGACCCCUCUUGUAGUGAUACUAUGCUGAACACGGAGACGGAUUUCAAUGACUUCUUGAGUACGAGGAGCAACGGGAGCGCCUUCCCCGGGAUGACGAUGGAAUCUGUCAUGAAGGCCGAGAGCCCCGCAGAGAUGUCAUUCAGCAGGAGGUGGAAGACGCAGAUGUCGGAGGAUGAGGAGUGCAGGGACUUGGGGGAGAACCAAGACAGUCUGAACUCUAGCAAUGAUAGUUGCCUGGGGCUGCCUAUCUUACGCCCUCCUGUGGCACACAUUAUCCUCCAUAGUGCCAAGAUGCUCGCCCUGAAGGACAUACUAACCACCUCGGGCAAACUCAACAUGGCUGCAAUCCAACUUCAACUGACCGCUCAAUCUCAGGUGCACGUCAGUAAAAGGCCACGCUCAAUCAGUGAAUACGAGGACUUUGGUAGUUUGAGGCGUCGCCCUAGACGGGAGUGACACCUUUUUUUUUCCCUUUCAAAGACGCGAUAAAAAGAAUUAAUAAAAGAAAGGAAAAAAAACAAAAACAAAAAAAAACGGGUUUGCUUUGACACUGAAAUGAUGCAUGUGAGUCUCAAAGAGUGUAUGAAUGUCAAAGAUGUUUUCUUUGACAAUUGAAUUAUUAUUCUAUUGUUGUGUACUGUUUGAGCCCUAUUGUUGCCAUUUUGCAUUGUACCAAAGAAAUCGAAUGGUUAGAAGAAGUAACAGCAAACUAGAAAUAUUUACUACAGUAUGUGCUCAGUCUUUGAUAGGGUAAAGUCCUGCAGCCGAUUUCAUGAAACGCUAGGAUUAAUCCUAACGUGAGUUAGGACGAGUAACCCGCCCUAACUUAGGAUGGGUUCAAUGUGCUCUACGUACUUUGAUACAGAACUUACCCCGUCCUCAGUCUCAAGAUUAAUCCUAAGUUAGGAAGAGUUUGGUGAAAUUGACGGCUGGACACUUUAGGAAGGUAGCAUGGGCGUAAAUCAAGAUGAUAGCUGUCUCCUUGUGCCGUAUUUAAAAAUUCAAUCAUGCAACCACUCAGGCCUGAGACAUGAACUUUGAACCCAAAAUGCCGACAUACAGUACAA